AAGAAAGAAAAAUAAAACUCACUCCCCAUCUACUAUUGUUUUUCUUGUCAUCAUCUUCUCUCUUUUAGGGUCACGGUUUUGAUUUACUCUUUAGUCACUAUCAUAGCCACGAAGAGCAUCUUCAUAAAUACACUGAAGGCUCACGUUUUGCCAUGUCCUCCUUAACAAGUUUUUUUUUUCUUCUCUCUUCACACCUUCACCGUCACGGAUCCAUUUAAACAAUAAAUUCGCAGUAAUGUUUUAGUCGAAUGAAUCUUUGAACAUAUUUCCUAAAAACCCGGCAAAGAAAAAAACUGCUUUUUCUUCUUCUUCUUCGUCCUCUGUCACUGUUCUGUCUUCGACGGUUUGGUCUGAAAUCUUUUUCCUGCAAGAACAAGAAAGCUUUGUCUUUUAGCUCUUUUAAAAGGAGAAGAAUAGUGUCUUCUUUCACCGUCGCAUGGCUACAAUAAACGAUAUUGGAGUAGCAGCAGCAAUCAAUAUAGUGACAGCAUUCGCUUUUCUCUUAGCUUUUGCUAUAUUCAGGAUUCAACCAGUAAAUGACAGAGUCUAUUUCCCUAAAUGGUAUCUCAAGGGCUUAAGAAGUAGCUCUAUACAAACAGGUGGCUUUGGAAGCAAAUUUAUCAACUUGGACUUCAGGUCCUAUAUUCGAUUCCUUAACUGGAUGCCUGAAGCUUUAAAAAUGCCAGAACCCGAGCUCGUCGAUCACGCUGGACUGGAUUCUGUUGUCUACUUGAGGAUCUACUUACUCGGGCUCAAGAUCUUUUUCCCCAUAGCUUGUGUUGCUUUUACGACAAUGGUGCCUGUUAAUUGGACAAACAAGGGAUUGGACCGGUUAAGGCAUUCUAAUAUAAGUUUCAGUGAUAUUGAUAAACUCUCGUUAUCAAAUAUACCGAAUGGGUCACCUAGAUUUUGGAUGCAUUUGUGUGCAGCUUACGCCAUCACCUUUUGGACAUGCUUUAUCCUGAAAAGAGAGUACCAGAAUAUAGCAUUAAUGAGGCUACAGUUUCUUGCAAAUGACCAAAGGAGACCUAACCAGUUCACUGUGCUUGUAAGAAACAUUCCUACAGAUCCUCAUGAAUCAAUAUGUGAACUUGUUGAACAUUUCUUCAAGGUCAAUCAUCCAGAUCACUACCUCACUUUCCAGGUAAAGUCAUCUUCAGGAGAAGAAUAG